AUGUCUGUUGCUGAAUCUUCAAACAUCCACAAGUACGCUCCUCCUAAGGAGUUCCACGAAAACCACCCAGGCAAGCCGCAUCUCGACAAUGUGGCUCAUUAUGAGGAACUUUACAAGGAAUCAAUUGAACAACCUGAUGCCUUCUUUGGCAAAAUUGCUCGCGACCUCUUGUCUUGGGAUAAGGACUUUAAAACUGUGCGCUAUGGUGGAUUUGAACACGGUGAUGCUUCAUGGUUCUUGGAGGGUGAACUCAAUGCAUCCUAUAAUGCUAUCGAUCGUCAUGCUCUUAAAAACCCAGAUAAGGUCGCCAUCAUUUUCGAAGCCGAUGAACCUGGUGAGGGCCGCAAUGUGACUUAUGGUGAACUGCUGCGUGAAGUCUCUAGAGUGGCUGCCGUUUUGUCUUCUUUUGGUGUCAAGAAGGGUGACACCGUUGCUGUUUACUUGCCCAUGAUCCCAGAAGCCAUCAUCACUCUGCUGGCCAUUGUGCGUUUGGGUGCCAUCCACUCGGUUGUUUUUGCUGGCUUUUCUUCGGGCUCACUACGUGACCGUAUUGUGGAUGCUGACUCUCGUGUGGUUGUUACUGCAGAUGAGUCUAAACGUGGUGGCCGUGUCAUUGAAACCAAGAAGAUUGUGGAUGAGGCUCUCAAGUCAUGCCCUAAUGUUAAGCAUACUUUGGUUUUUAAGCGUACAGGUAAUGAGUCUAUUCCUUGGAAUAAGGACCGUGAUUACUGGUGGCAUGAGGAGGUUGAUAAGCACCGUCCUUAUUUCCCACCCGUGCCUGUUAAUUCAGAAGAUCCCAUUUUCCUUCUUUAUACUUCUGGAUCCACUGGCUCUCCCAAAGGUGUUGCCCAUGCUACAGCAGGUUACCUUUUAGGUGCUGCUACUACUACUAAGUAUGUUUUUGACUUACACCCUGAUGAUAUUUUGUUUACUGCUGGUGAUGUGGGUUGGAUUACUGGUCAUACAUAUGUGUGUUAUGGACCUUUGCUUCUUGGUGCUACGACAGUUGUGUUUGAGGGUACUCCUGCAUUCCCCAACUUUUCACGUCUUUGGGAUAUUGUUGAUGCACACAAGGUAACGCACUUUUAUGUUGCUCCUACGGCUUUGCGUCUGCUGAAGCGUGCUGGUUUGGAAUGGAUUAAUCAUGAUUUGAGUUCUUUAAGAACUCUUGGGUCUGUUGGUGAGCCAAUUGCACCUGAUGUGUGGGAAUGGUAUAAUGACAAUAUUGGUAAGGGUAAGGCACAUAUUUGUGAUACAUAUUGGCAAACAGAGACUGGUUCGCACAUUAUUUCUCCAAUGGCCGGAGUGACUCAUACUAAGCCAGGAUCUGCAUCAUUCCCAGUGUUUGGUAUUGAUCCUGUCAUUAUUGAUCCUGUUUCUGGUCAAGAACUUAAGGGUAAUGAUGUUGAAGGAGUACUUGCUAUUCGCAAUCCAUGGCCUUCGAUGGCUCGUACUGUGUGGAACUCUCAUAAGCGUUACUUGGAGACUUAUUUGAAGCCAUAUCCUGGAUAUUAUUUUACAGGAGAUGGAGCAGCUCGUGACCAUGAAGGAUAUUAUUGGAUCCGGGGUCGUGUUGAUGAUGUUGUGAAUGUUUCAGGACACCGGUUGUCGACGGCUGAGAUUGAGGCUGCUUUGAUUGAGCAUCCUGCAGUUGCUGAGAGUGCAGUUGUUGGUAUUUCUGAUGAUUUGACUGGACAGGCGGUGAAUGCAUUUGUUGCACUUAAGGUGAAGCCUACAGAUGUUGCGGCUACCAAGAAGGAGUUGAUUUUACAAGUUCGUAAGACGAUUGGACCCUUUGCUGCACCUAAGAAUGUAUUGAUUGUUGAAGACUUGCCUAAGACACGAUCUGGUAAGAUUAUGCGUCGUAUUUUACGCAAGGUUUUGAGUGGAGAGGAGGAUUCAUUGGGUGAUAUUUCGACAUUGUCUAAUCCUGAGGCUGUUGAGAGUAUCAUUGCCAUUUGCAAGGCUGAAAGAAAGUAA